UCGGUCAGAACUGUAUAAAUUGUUUUUAGUUUUAGUUUUUAUUGUUGCUGUAUCAAACAAACAUCUUGAAGUGUACUUUUACCAAAGUAUCUCGUUUAAUAAAAUAUUAUAUAAUUUUCAGAUAACCAAUCGUAAAACAUUUAACGAAUACGUCCCUCUCUCACGGUCAAAUUCGUACUUUCUUUGCGUAUAUAGUGUUGAAUCGUAAAACAUUUAUUGUGCAUAUAUAUUUUCAAUAACACUGAUAAUACAAUAACAUAUAUAUUAUUUUCAGAAUCUUAAAUGUUGCUGACAGUUGUUAAUUAACUUCGAAACGUCUAGUAUAUUAUACAAACAAAAACAGUAUAGUGAACUAGGUAACUAGAAUUAAUAAAAUGACCAACAGUUCGCUGUUUAGAAUAACGAAUCUGAAAGGACUACGUGCUCUUAAUGGACAUAAUAUAAUUUAUCAUACUUUUUCGAGAAAUAAUCACUGGUCGAAAUACAGCUAUGUGUGCGGGACUUCGAGCGAACCACUCAAACCUUAUACAAUCGGAGGAAUUUUCAAUGACGCCGUGCAACAGACUCCAGACCGAGAUUUCCUGGUUAGCUGUCACGAGAAUAAACGAUUCACGUUCGCCGCCAUGGAUUCCGAGGUGGAUAAGCUUUGCAAGAGCUUUAAUGCCAUUGGUCUUAAGCACGGGGACCGAGUAGGAAUAUGGAUGCCCAAUUGUGCGUUUUACUAUUUGGCGAUUAUCGCGACAGCUCGCUUGGGACUGAUAUUGGUAAACGUUAACCCAGCAUAUCAGAGUGACGAACUAAAACACAGUUUAACGCUAGCUGAAGUGAAGUGUCUGGUGACCAUAGAGAAGUUCAAGACUCAAAACUAUCCCGAAAUAUUGGAGAAGGUCGAUCCGGACAUUUGGAAGCGACCACCCAAUACGCCGGUUAAGUCGAAAAUCUUACCCACGUUGGAAUCGGUUAUUUUUUACUCUGAAAACCGUAUAAACGGUGCCUAUAAUUUACAAACGUUCUUGGACCUGGGUUUCAAUACAGAUUAUAAUAUUCCUAAAAUUCAACCAGACGAAGGAUGUAAUAUUCAGUUUACUUCAGGUACCACUGGUAAACCAAAAGCAGCAUUAUUGAAUCACUUUGCGUUAAUAAACAACGCUUAUUUUAUCAUGAAGCGUUUAGAGAUCUACGAUGAUACCAAAGAAGGUAAAUUACAUAAAUUCUGCUGUCCAAUGCCUUUAUUUCAUGCUUUUGCUUUAUCCAUCGCUGUCGUUGCACCUAUGGUUACCAAAUCAACAGUUUAUUUACCGUCAGCCCAUUUUGAUCCAAAAGCGACGGUUGAGGUUCUCACGAAAGAAAAAUGCACAUUUAUAUUUGGUACACCAACAGUAUAUGUGGAUACCAUGUCCGUUUUCGAAAAACUUCCACCAGAACAACAAAAGAACAAUAUGAAGAUCGCAAUAUCCGGUGGUGCCCCCUGUUCUCCGAAUUUAAUGAUUAAGUUUAAGAACAUGUUCCCACGCGCUAAAAUAUUGUCUUUGUUCGGGAUGACAGAAACCAGUCCCUGUACGUUUCAAAAUUUCUCAAACGAUUCAGAUGAACGGAUAAUGUCGACGAUGGGUUUCAUACAAGAUCACGUAGAGGCGAAAGUGAUCGAUACCAAUGGCAAUAUGGUACCAUUCGGGACACCCGGAGAAUUGUUGAUUCGCGGAUACUUGAAAAUGAAUGGUUACUUCAAUGACGAAGAAAAAACAAAAGAAACGAUUGAUUCGAAUGGAUGGCUACACACGGGAGAUCAAUUCGUUUUGUUCGAAGAUGGAUAUGGUAAUCACGUUGGCAGAUUAAAAGAAAUGAUUAUCCGCGGUGGUGAAAACUUAUUUCCUAAAGAGAUAGAAUACUUUUUGGAAUCUCAUCCGUUGAUUUCACAAGUUCAAGUAUACGGUAUACCCGAUGAGCGGAUGGGCGAAGAAGUGUGUGCCAGCGUCAUUCUCAAAGAAGGGGCUACGGUUACCGAGGCAGACAUAAAAGCGUACAGCAAAGGAAAGGUAGAUAGCCCAUUUUAAGAUUCCCAAGUACAUAUUCAUCGAAAAGGACGCGUUUCCGAUGACGGCAUCGGGCAAAGUGCAGAAGUAUAGAUUAAGAGAAAUGGCGAUCCAACGGAUUUCAAGCUUAACCUAAUCUAGUUAUUUUAUAGUGCAAAAUCUACCGAUAAUUUAUGUAUAAUAAUUAUUUAUUCGUAUUCAAAUUAUCUUUGUAUGCAUUCUAUGUGAACUCCGUGGCGAUUGAUGUGUUUUUGUAACUAUAACACCGAUGCUGUAUUUAAUCAUAACAUUACCAUGCUAAAGCUAUGUAAACAGGAAGUGAUGUUAUUACUUUUAAAAAGUUCAAUAGGUUUAUUGCUAAACAAAUGUAUUAUUUAUUUAUUAAAUUCUAAUCGCUUGUGACA